AUGGUCCUCCUCACAAUGACCCCGUCCAUCGUGGCGGCGGUCCAGCGAUAUGAAGCUCUCGCCGGUGCCGUGCAGAUGCAAAAACUGCAGCUGGACGGAGAACCGCAGCUCAGCGACCCAGCGCCCGGCAAGCCCAUCUCGCAUGCCCAACUAAUCGACAUUUCCGACUUUCUGAAGGCUCGUGCGGCGCAGCACGAUGACGACAGCGAACCAGCACCCUCUGCUCUUAAUGAUCUCCUUCGGGGAUCCAAAAUCUACGUGCCACCGCCUCCGCCAAAACCUGAGCCUAGUAACGAAUACAAAGAGUUAAUGGCUCGUCUCCGAAAGGAGGAGGAAGCCCGCGCUUACGAACGCAUGCUGAACCCACCCCCGCCCACAGAGACGUUCUCCCAGCGCUUCCCAGCAUCGAACGCCGACCUCUUCGCUCCGCAUCCUAUGGAUAGUUUUGCUAGCAAGGAUGAAGACGACGAAGUUACCUACGCCGAUAUCAACAGGCAACUGGCCUUAAUCAUCAACGUGCUCGUGUCUAUCAUCGCCUGCAGCGUUGCUAUAUGGAUUGCUGCGAGAUACUGGAGUACCCCAGCACGCCUGGCACUAAGCAUGACAGGAAGCGGAGUCGUGGCGGUCGCCGAGGUUGCCAUCUACUUGGGAUACCUCAGGAGAAUUAAGGAAGCCAAGGUCGAGGAAAAGAAGAAGCCGGAAAUCAAAGAGAUUGCAGAGACAUGGGUGAUUGAGGGCAGCGGCGAAAAGAAGAGCGUCGCUAUUCAGAAGACCGGAAUAGCCAGUGGCGAAGCGGACACUGUACGACACCGGAAAGGAAAGCAGAAAUGA